AUGCAGCCCUCUGCCAUUUCUAAGAAAAUUCCCAAAGAGAAACCUGAUGUAAACUUCCAGGUGAAUCCCCGCGCAGAUGCUAUUCGCUCUAAGCUGAUCUAUACAUUUUACCUGAUCGAUCACUUUGAGGGGCUGAGCCAUGCAGUGCCACGGUAUAACAUACAAGAUUUUGUGGAUCCCAAGAAGCGAAAGAAACUGAUGCUCAUGGAUCACCACCAGUUGGUUCGCUUCAAUGUCGUGCCCACUCGGAAUAUCAUGGUAACCCAAGAGAAACGCUGGCGCAAUCGUAUUGAAGUACGUUGCAGCCGUUGGCCCCCUUUUAAGAUGUGGGUGUCUUCAGUUUUGAACAGCCCAACAUUCAAGGGCUUUAUCAUCUUUCUUAUCUUCUUGAACAUGGUUGCCCUCAUGGUCUCAUCGGAGAUAAUGGGGAAGAGCAAAAAGACCUUUGUGCAAAUAAGCAUAGUCCUGGAGGUGAUUAUUUGGGUCAUUUUGUAUAUAUUUCUGGUCGAGAUUGGGCUGCAUUGGUUUGUGAGCUUUCAGAGAUACUGGAAAAAUCCCUGGAAUAUCUUCGAUUUCACAGUGACCAUUAUCUCCCUUAUACCAGAAAUAAUAUACGUGUUGGACCAGAACCGCAAUGUGAUAAGUCUCCGACUUCUGCGGUUGUGCCGUGUGCUCCGUUGCCUAAAGCUCUUUCCUAGAGUCCGACAAGUCCGUCUCCUCAUCAUGGCUAUUGCCAAAGCCCUGAAAGCUAUGGCCUUCAUUUUGGUUCUCCUUGGCUUCCUCGUCUUCGUCUUUGCUGUGUCAGGCAUCUUCUUUUUUGAGAGUUACACCCAUUCAGACAGGAUGGACCUGACUUACAAUAUGUUUUUCAUGGACAUGCCCAAUGCUCUAGUAACCAUCUUCAUUCUCUUCACCAUGGAUCACUGGUACGCUUUGUUGCAAGAUUCAUGGAAGGUCCCAGAGAUAAACAAGGUGAUCAGUGGUAUAUUUAUCUGCCUAUGGCUUCUGAUUGGGGCAUUCAUUUUUAGGAAUCUCUUUGUUGCCAUUAUGGUCACCAAUUUCCAGAACAUCCGAAGUGACCUAAGUGAAGAGGUGAGACAGAUAGAGGCUCAGACGCAAGCUGACAAAUUCAAAAUGGAGAUCAUGGAAAAGAGAUUCAGCCAGAUUCGAACAGCUAUGGACAGAGACAUUACAUUCAGAGAAAGGUUCACCAUGGACCCCACAUUCAUUCAAACUGCAGACUAUCCAGAUUUCAGCUAUGAUGAAAUGUUUCCUGGAAUUUUGGACUGGGAGACUUACAUCCACAAGAACCUACCAGGACUCUACGCUGCUGAUGAGGAUGAACAGGUGCUUUGGCCACGUGACUCCCUCUUCAGCUACUUUGAGUUGUUGGAGAAGUUGCAACAUAACUUAGCGGAACGCAAGGAACUUCAGCAAUACAUGGUGUUGGCUCUUUCCAACCUUGAGGACAAGUAG